AUGACAAACGGCCAAAGCCGACUAUUCAAGCUCCCCGCUGAACUUCGCGAGCAAAUCUACAUCAAUUGUCUCGCAUGCACGGAACAACACGCCUAUUGCUACUGGAAAGACGGCGUCCUCAUAACGCUCGUAGACGGUAGAAUAUACAAGAUCUGCACCCACACACCACAUAAUCUUGGAGUCUCCCUCAAAUGCGGUGCUCAAGCUCUCACAUUACUCCGAACAUGCAAAACCACCAACAAUGAAGCUUCUCCCAUAUUCCACAAUUCACUCGAACUGAGAUUACACAUUGACGGACGGUACAAAUCGCCCACAGAAAUCAAAGGUCGAGAUUUGGGACCUGUCGAAGAUCUUAAGUUCAUGCGAUUUGCUAGGGUUUGGGAUAUUACUGUGCGAUUGAGUACUGUAGAGGAUUUGGAGAGAUUGAUUGCUCAGAUUGAGGAUUUGAGAGAUUUGUUGAAGGAGAAUAAGAAAAUUUUCUGGAGGAGUAUUUCGGUGCAGAUUUCGAGGUAUUCGGAGUGUCCUGAACCUGGGAACGAGGUGCUUAAAGCUGUGAGCGCGAUGACUGGGGUAAAGGAACUGGAGGAGAUUCCAGAUCCGUGGAGGGAGGGAACGACUGUAUUUGAUUACCAGGCUUCGACGAAGGCAUGA